AAAAAUUUUGAUUUCUCUUUUGAUAUUUUUUUCUUUAUUAUAUAAUAGUUUUUAUAAUAUAUUUUGCGUUUUAUAACCUUGUUUAUAUUUUUUACGUGAUAAUUAUUUGUAAUAAUUUUCUUUCUAUAAAUUUGUGUAACGUUACUAUAUAUUAUAAUAUGGAAACUUACGAAAAUCAAAUCAAAUACAACGAUGAUGGCUCAGUAAAUGUACCAUUUGGUCGUGCUGCAGAAUGGUAUAUAUCAAAUGCAAAUCUUUUAAAAAAUCAUCGCUUAAAAAAUCAAAGUAGACAAGUUACUCCUAAACUUGUUAAAGCUGGAAUCUUAACGGUAGAACGUGUACAAGGGGCAAUAGAUUACUUAGCAUGGAAAACUAAAACUGGAACGGUAAAAUCAACAAAUCGUAUUGAUGAUGUUUUAGUUUUAACCAGUUUAGGAAGAGAUCUGGUUUCUCAAAUUGAAUUAGGAUUAGCCAAAAACCAACAAUGUUGGUAUUGGGUUAUGUAUUGUUCAGGUGAUGGAGGCAACUGUCAAAGAUUAUGCGGUAGUGUUGGAAAAUGUAAUGAAAAUUGUGAAAAUUAUAAUUUACGAAAUAAUUUGAAAAAUGGAAAUGAUAUGCACCAUUGUAGUGUCAGAGUUAUUUCUGAAUGUCGGUUAUCUUGGCUAUCAUUAGAAAAUCCAUUGCGAAUUACCAUUCAAGGAACUCAUCGUACAUUUUACAAUAAUAAUAUUCCUAAAAUUUCAAGAAUAAAUUUAACUUAUUCUGUCAGAGAUUCGAUAGCAUUAAGCAGAAGAGCAGACCACAGGACAGCCAAAGGGAUAAAAGCGAAAUUAUUAACAUCACUUAAUGGUGCAUCAGAAGAAGUAAUUAACAAUGCAUUAGCAAGCCAACGUAUAAUAUGUAAUAAUGACAAACUCCGGCAAUUUGUUGCCAGAGAUGAUAAGAAAUUAAAGGAUGAUACUGGUCCUUGGACUCAGCUUGAUAGCUUAGUAAAUAAUAUAUUAAAAUCUCAAGGUUUUAUAUUAUAUUAUCAAAUAGCAGACAUUAAUCAACCAGCUGAUUCACCUGACCGAUAUUAUCAACUUACAAUUUCUGAUGAGUUUUGGUUAAAAAAUGCUCGUGAUUACGGUAAAAUCUGUAUCGGAAUAGAUGGUAAAUAUGAUUUAAAUUUGGACCGUGCACCGGUAUUAUCAAUUGUUACUGAGAAUAGUGCUGGUUGCGGAUUGCCUGUUGCAUUUGCGCUAUUUAAUAAGGAAAAUCAUCAUACUAUAAAAUUGGCUAUUGACGCUAUUAAAAAAAAUAUCCCAUGUGAUAACGAGUUCUGUGAACACAAGUGGUACUAUGAAAAUCUUUUAUCUGGAAACGGAUUUCAACGAGUUCGUGAAUGUCAAAACAAUAAUUGGAAGCCAUAUAUCUUAAUUGAUAAGCAUAGACCAUCUAAACUUGCUAUCCAAAAUGCUUCACAUAAACCAAUUUUAUGUUGGUUUCAUAUUAUGAAAACUUUUAGUGAAAAUUUAAAUAAAUGGCAGAUACCUGCAAAAUUCAGAUAUCCAAUAGCAUUAGCGUUUAAAAUUGUAGGUCGUAGUCGAACUGAAGAAACUGCCAUUGAAAUGGCUAAGAAAUAUAUUGAAUUUAUUAACACUCUUCCGUUGGAAAAAACCAAGAAAGAUAAAUUAAUAGAUGAUUUAUCUAAAAAUUGGAUGUGCACAGAGUGGCGAUUAAGUUUUAUUGAUGCUGGUCGUAUUUCCAAAAAUAUUACAAACAGAUUUCCAUGGACUACAAACAAUUUUACAGAACGGAUCAAUAGGACAAUUGAAGCAGUAUAUAGUGGUAAACAAACACCAUUGACAUUUAUUGAACGAAUGUAUGGAAUAAAUUUUCAAAGUGAAACUAUUGUAAGUCAUGAAGAUUUAAAUAAGUUUGAAUCUGGUUUAGUUACUUUAUUCAAUACUCAAACGAUUGAACAGCAAACUAAAGAUGAUAUGAUAUGUUGUGAUAAACUUCGAAGAUUAAAUCAAGGAAGAUUAGAUUUUCUUCUUAAUAUGGUUAAGAUAUCAUCAGACCAAAAUACUUUUCUUGUUAAAAAAAAAUCUGAUGAUUUAUUCGUAUCUUCUUAUGAUGAUAAGCCUUUGCGUCUAGAUGAGGAAAUUGUACGAAAAUUAAAUGAUAUGAUCAAUUUUCUUAUGAAAUCUUUAUUAUCCGAAAAUGUAAUAUUAGAACAAGGAUUUCAUAUAUGUAAUGUUAUUACUGGUGAAUGUACAUGCUGGGAAUACAUAUGGAAUAGUUCAUUACGUGAUAAAUGUAGGCACUGUCAUGCAGCCACUUUGCUUAUAGAAACACAACAAAAAGGACAUCUAGAAGUUGUAAACGAAGCAAAGAAAAAUCUUGUUCUCUAUUUUCGUAAUAAGGAACGAGUAGUUCCCGCGUCUAUAAAAAAUAAUGUAAUAUAUCAAGGUGACAUGGAAGAUUCUUAUCAAGAAAUUAUUAGAUUAUAUAAUAUGCAAGGUAAUAAAAUAUUUUAUCCACUUAAACGGUCAUCUCAGGAGAUUAAAGAUCCAUUUCGGCCAGCAGAAUUAAGUGAAAGAACAAAAUCAAAUUUAGGCGCACCUCCUAAAUUAUCUGCUAAACCUCGAUCGUCCCAUAGAAUAAAUUUACCAAACCAAUCACAAUCUGGUAAUACGUUUUCUAUACAACAAAGGAAAACAAAACAAAUUCGAAAUCUAUAUUUAUUUAAUAGAUAGAAGAAGUACAUCUUCAUUUGCAUCAUCAUCAUCGUUUAUAAUGCCAAGCCCACCCCGCAAUGUAUUUCAAUAUCUUCCAGAACUGCCAUCAGAUAUUUUACCAGAAAAGAUAAAAGACCAGUUACAAAAUCUACAAAACAAGCCAAUCACAGAAGAAGAACGUUGGUCUUUUUGUAUAAUGCAUCAUGGUGAAUUGAAUAUUGUUCCACAUGGAUUAUCAAAAGGAUAUCCUGAAUAUAUCGAUUUUAAUGUACUUCCAUCACGCAUAAUCAAAUUUGAAAAAGAUCUCAUUGAAAUUAUUAACGGAAAUAUUUCAAGUUACUAUUGGGAUAUUGCAUCUUCAAUAUAUAAAGAAGUCGGAUAUAAUAAAGCCAAGGCGCCAAUGAUGCUCAUGAAUCGAUUUGAAGUUUUUCAG